AUCAAACGGCAGUUGUUUUAAUGUUCGUGCUUCUGCUUCUGCCUUCCAAUCAACUCGAGGCGGUUCAAGUAGAAGGUAUCGCGGCACGGGCGCACGGAGUGAAGCGCUGUGAUGUGAAGAUAUGCCCUCCGCACUAAAGACGUGACGGCGUGAGUCGUGUUGUGCCUCUUUCGCGCGUGCAGUUGUAUCCCGUGCUAUAGUUGUAACUCCAGUUGCAGCUGGUUGGUCGGACCUCCGGUGUUUCUACGCCCUAUGCACCCUCACUGCUUCCCCCCCCCCCCGCCCGUUGUAAUAGACAAGCAAAGUGCAAUAUGUAAUGUGUUACUCGCCUAACUCCGUCAGUCGAAGCGCACGUUUCAAUGUUGCUUGCCGUUGGGCCAGUUUCGUGCAAACAUGACCGCGGGACGGUGCAGCCUAGUUUAGUGAAUUUAUAGCUAAUGAUGACUGGCGCUUCGUAGCUUUUCGUGUAGUUAAUUCCUUAUUUCUGUGCGUCCAAAAAUUGUUCGUGUGUUUAUCGUCGUUCCGUCGUGUGUGUUGAGUGUGUUUAUAGAAAAUUAUUCGCCAUUGAUGUUGCUAAAUCAAUCUCGAGCUGUAGUUCGUACGUAACCCGUAUCGUAGAAUAAAAAAAAAGAAAACGCCAACAAUCCCAAAGGAGCGUCACAAUCAGCCCGGAAAGUAGUAGAUUUCCCGUUUACGCAUUUCCUCGUGUGAAAAAGUACAGCAUCACUUCAAGAAGCAAUAAUAAAAAGCAAUAAUCCAAGAUGAAUGACCUAAAUUCGUUAAAAAUACUUCGCACCGAAAUGAAAGACGUCGAUGUCUUCGACAUCAAGCAGGAUGUGCUGGAUCGUCGUGUGUUCACCAACGAAGAAUUCCUAGAGAUAAUGAGCGAACAGAAUGUAUCGUUGCGCUUGGACUUGAUGUUUAUCAUACUAGAGUACAAACAACAGAUCGAUCAACAAAUUGUACCUCGGUUUAUGGAUGCGUUGCGUCGGUACUACGACUGGAUCGCAGUGCUAUGGGAGAAGAACCGCAACAAGGACAACCUCGACUAUAGGAGCUACAUUUCCUACCGAAACGAAACAUCCGUGCCGUCACACGACUCAAUCAGCGUCUACCGGAAAGAGCUACGCUGGACGAUCCACAAACACCUGAUGUCACUGCGUCACGGUGCCACCGAGCAUCGGUACCUGUUCAUCUAUGGCAAGAUCGGCACCGGCAAGCAGACGCUCGUCUCGCAGGCCUGCGAGGACAUCACGAUCGUACGGCAUAUGAACUACAAAAUCUUCUACCUAGACCUAGCCAACUGCCACACCGACGAGGCCAUCCUGGAGAUGCAGGAGAAGCUUUCGGUGCAGAUGGGAGAGUCCAUCCGGCAGGACGAUCGGGGAAUGAACUGCAGCUACCCCUCGAACAUGAUCGACUGCUGGAAGCGUACGUAUACGCGCAUGUUCGAGAAGACAUUUGUCGACAGUUUGUUGGUGCUGGCGCACGUACGCAAAGCGAAGCACAUCCGAGACUUCGACUUCAAGUGCAAAACCGUAGUGAUCACAAGCAACAAGGAUGUGGUGCACGAGGUCAGCGAGACGGAACGCUUCCUGGUCGAGCUACCGAAGGGUUUCACGGAAGCGGAAAGCUUGGAACUGUUUGCUCGUGCGCUGAAGAAGAAGAACUCUAUGCUGCCGACGGAGGCGACCGAGCUGUGCCGGGCCUGCCAGGGUAACCCGUUUCUGAUCAAUCUGAUCGCGCUGCGCAUGAGCGAGGAGUGCCGGAAUGAGGUACCGAUCGACUGGAAACAGCAUAUAGACAAACUGCAAAACUUCUCCAUCGGAAAGUCGGAGAAGAUAACGCGCACGAUCGCUUCGACGCUGGAGCAGUUCACCAUGGAGGAACGGCAGUGUUUCCGGGAUCUGGUGAUCUUCCGGGAUAAUGUUCCACUGUCACUACGUGUGCUGGAGAUGUACUGGAACCAAAGUAAAGAAAGUACCGAGUGUUUGCUUGCAAAGCUGGAGCGACGUGGGUUGCUGGAAAAACGGUUGUGUAAGAAUAAACUAUUCUACAUGAUGCAGUACAUCUGCUACAAUGAAAUCAAACACCCACCGGGAGCGGACAUGAUAAAACUGCAUCGACGAUUGCUAAAUAGCUAUAGCAUUCGCGAAAAACUCGCCAACCGCCGUGAGUUGGAGCUGAUGCACGAGUUCCCGAACGAUGACUACUUCCACUUCUACAUCGGGUACCACAUUGACCAGGCCGGCCAGCAAGAACAUGACCUUUUCCAAGAGCUGUACCAAGAUUUCGGAUUCCUCGAGCAAAAGCUGCGCAUCGCCGGACUAGCCAACACCGUCGAUGAUCUGCGAAAGUAUCAGGAUUAUAUCUUCCCGGCGCUGGAGGACCGAGACUUGAUAAUUGACACGCUGAUCGAGUUUCUAAUGGGUGCCGAAUGUUUGCUCUCGGAAGACUCGCGGCUUCUCCAGCGAGCGUUGAACUUUCCGGGCGAGAUUGCCAGAAUGGCCGAACGGCAGGUGGAAAAGUACAAAAACCGAGUUUGGUUCCUGGAUGUGGCUCACAAUCUGGAGUCUUCGAUUUUGAAGCUAUGUCACCCGCCGCUAAAGGUGCGGUUCCACGAUUCCAAUCACGUGUUCGUUUUACCCGCAAAGUACGACAUCCAGUUGUGGAAUCUCUCGGUAGAAUACGACGUACCACCGAUGACAUUCAAAGGAUGCGACGACUCUCAGGUCAAGGACAUGCAGUGCACGAAACAAUUCGUGCUGGCGCUCAACCGGCGAGGGCUCAUAAAGGUUUGGUCGACGAAAAACCUUCCCGAUCGGUCGGACUACCGAAUGCAGAACAGUAUUAGGCGAGAAAGCGAAAUGACCCUAUCGCUUUCCAACAGCAGCUUCAGCUGCUUCUGUGUGCUGAAUCAAAGCAAUCACACGGAACUGAUCGCUAUAAGUGACAGCGGGUUACUGUGCAUUUAUAAGGUGUACACAUCGGUAUUCCGUACGAACACGCCGGACAAUGCGUUCCCGACGAACAUCCGGAAUGCGUACCUAUUGCUGCCGAUCGAGCAUGACAGUCGCGUGCGCAGUGCCGUACGAUGGUUCCUGUUUCUGGCCAGAGAGAACGACGGCCCAGUAGGGAUCAUUUUUAACAUGAUCUCCACCAGCGUGGUGUUCCGGUUCGAAGAACCAAUCAGCCUGAACGUGUACCAACUGCCGACCCUUUUGCUAUUUGUGAACGAUCGACAGAUCCGGCGGCGGGAACUAUCGGCGGAUGGCCUAGACGAGGCAGUUGUAGUGUACGAGAAUAAAUACUGCGACAACACGUGCAGUGUGCUGACCGAGGACAAGCUGUACGUUGUGCUGGGCACCGAGCGGGGCAUUUCGAUCAUCGACAUUUGGGAGGGCGUUGAAGUGCGGCGCAUGAACGUGAGCCACUCGAUCAUCGACCUGGAUGUGCUGCCGAUCGAGCUGAACAUGCCACAUAUGCUACUCGCAUCCAUCUCCAAGGACGGUGGUAAUACGAUGAACUUGUACAAUCUCUCGGUGGCAUCGGGUGGCAAUCAGGUGGUAAGUAGCCAGUAUCAGCUCGAAGGUACCACGGUGUUUCUGGCCAAUUUGGACAAGGAACCGGUCCUACUUAACACCGUACAUCGGCACGGCACACUACAGCAGACGCCCCUGAUGGACAACGACAUGGGAGUGCUGCAAGAGCGCACGUUUCAGCAUGAACAAAUCGACGCCACCGUGCAGUGUUUGAUUGACACUCCGUCCGGGUAUUAUCUGGGGCUUGAAAACGGUCGGCUGCUCAAGCUUUCCGACUGGCGCCCAAGUGCGGUGGUGCAAGAGAUUGUCACCUUAACCACAGACAUUACCUACCUCGAGCAUUUCCAACGAGAAAUGGACGGUGCGGUGUCCGAGGUACUGGUAGUUGCCGGCAAAGGACAAUGCCUGGUGUACGUUAACGAACAGCAGGAAGAAGUGGAAAUUACCGACACCAUACGCAGGUGCUAUCUGCUACACGAUCGCUUUCUGCUGCUGAUUGGAGACCGUUGUUCAAUACAGAUCUACGAUUUGGUACAUAGAUCAAUCGACUUAGUACAAAAGGAAAUCGAACGUUCCUACGGAGCAUCCGCCUACCAUCACCAACGCACUGCACUAAUACUGUGCACCUCCGAUGGGAUCGUGUACCAACUGGGUUUGAGUCAGGCGGCGAUCGAAUCAUACGAACUCACCCCGUUCGAUGAGCUGCGAACGGUUAAACCCCUGCAAAAUCGGAAACCCGACGAAGUGAUCUGCAGCUGUGCCAUAUCGGCGGAGGGUGAAUUUUUGGCCCUCGGCUGUUACGAUGGCCGAAUAGUCUUGCAUAUGAUGGAUGCGAACCGGCAUCUCGCCGUGCUCGAGUCACACCAGUGUCCGGUGGCGGAUCUGUACUUUAGCAGCUGGACCGAACCGGGCUCGCCCCACAUUCUCGUCAGCGUCGGCGAGCAGAUCGUAUUCUGGAGCGUAGACUACCUGUACAACAAUCAACCGCGUAAAAGUUUCUCCAGCAUUCGCCGGUCGGGACGGUUUACCGCACGUCAGAUCCAAGUGGUGGCGGAUCCUCUGAGCUCGCCUGGUGAAGCGCGUCGUUCGACCGGGAGCAACCAUUCCGGCUUCUCGACGCCGAUUGCCGGCAGUCCGGUUCAGCGCAGCUUCAUCGAACGCUUCGACGAGUCGUCGCACUGGUACGACAAGCGGGGUUCCUCCGGAAAGCCACAUCUCCUUUCGUGCAUCAAGCUGAUCGGUAGGGCGAAGCGGUUGAUCAUAAACCGUGAUUUUAGCAAAUUUCUCACCAUGGAUGACGAAGGCUACAUCCACUAUCUGCGACUGUACCGGCCGCCAUCGAAUCAGCUACUGCUCGCUCCUCCGAGCACGUUCGGACUGCGGACGGCCAAUGUAACAACACCGGGCAAUGGAAACGGCCCUUCGAACAGCUCGUAUGCCUUUAUAUGACGGUUGUUAGCAAGCGAACGAACCAUUCGAGUCAGCUGCUGUUACAUCCUAUUGUACAUCUUUUACACUGCCUUGGUACGCUAAUGCGCGACAAUGAUGAUGGGAAAAAAGCGAAGAUUCUCGUAAACCUGGUUUGUUCGUUUGCGUGUUGAUUUUAUCUGUGUCCAUGCUUUUGUUUCGUUUUUUUUUCUGUUCUGUGUGCCCCUUGUGAAACUGUCGUUUGCGUCCUAAUUUCAUACCCUCCAGCAAUUGUGCCAAAACAACCAAUAUAUUGUCUUUUUUGGCUUUUGUGUCUUUCAACGUAGCUUAAGAGUUAAUCAAAAUUCUUUAUAGAUUAUUCAAACGAUCGUCAGUAUAGUAAAGAAUAGCAAAAAAAACUAGGGUAAACUUCUUGUUUACGCACACGCGAACGAAUCAGUGUGAUAAGCAAAUCAUUCAUUCGAUAAAAUGGAAUUUUAAACUAUCCUCGUUAGAAGCAUUACGUGACAAUUUUUAUAAUCCCAUUUUGAUACAUUAAUUACUAGUGUGGCAAUCAUAAGUAGGGAAAACGGGUGGCCGAAGGUUGCUUUCGGUCACAUGCAAUCGCAUUCGUGUUUCUUUUGAAUAUAACGACGAUGGACUGAGGCGAGCAUAGCGAAGUUACUUAAUGCAUUUGUUUAACGAUUAUAUUGUAUAUUCGACGAUUUCAUCCUACUGUACAGAUUUCCAACCGAUCAUACUUGCUCAAGCAGCUCGCACCCUUUUUGAUGAUAGGUGCUAGGUUUUCGCAUCGGUGCUUUUAGAUAGUGUGGCCGAUCGCGUCUGGCACAUUUUUCUAGCCAUAGUUUAUUAGUUUGUAGAUUGUUUUAAGCAGACAAGGAGAACGGUUUUGCCACAUUCCUGUAUAACGUAAGUCUUGUUUCGGAGAGAAAAUACAAAUAAAGCAAAAUUUUAUAUAUACAAAA